CAAAAAAAGAAAGAUUAUUAGGAAAGAGAGUGUAAUGAAGAUAAAUAAAUAAAGAAAUAAAUGUUGAAUCUGUUUUUGGCCGGUGGAAAAGGAGUUGUCCAUUUUGUACUUUUCCGACGGCUUAAGCCACCUCCUCCAAACCCUCAAUUCUCCCUCAAUUUCAAUUCUUCCUCCGCAAUUUCCCCCAAUUUCGACCAACACUUGGAUCUGGAUUCCUUCCUUCUGUAAAUAUUUAGAAAGAAGAAUUCGGAGAAAGGGGUACAAGGGUUUUGAUCUCGUUUGUUCUCGAAUUUCCCUUUUCCGGAGCUAUGAAUUCCGAUCCAGCUCUGAUCUACUAUUGCUGCAUUGCGAAAGGGACCUCCAUAUUAGCGGAAUUCAACUCCAAGGAUGCCGAGCUCGGCGCGAUCGCGGUGAAAUGCCUCGAGAAAACGCCCAAGCUCCACGCCACCUUCAGCCACACCGUCCGUUCGAAGACCUACGCCUUCAUGAUCGACGAUCCCUUCUCGUAUUUCGUGGUCUACGACGAUAAAUUGGAGAAAUCUGAGGGUUUGGCGUUUCUGGGGAGCGUGAAGGAUGCGUUCGUUAAGGAUUUCAAUGGUGUUAGCAAGUUGGACAGGUUGAGUUCUCAUUGCUUCCAGGGCGAAUUCAACCCUAUUUUCCGGCAGCUGCUUGGCACGGCAUUGUAUCAAAUGGAUGGGAUUGAGUCUCCAAUGGGGCAGAGAAUAGGGGGAAAUGGGAGCUCUCAUGGCGGCUCGGGCCCCAUUCGUGGAAGGAGCAGGCUUGGUGGGGACAAAGGGUUUGUUAAGAUGAAGAAUGCUUUGCUUGAAGAAUUCAAGAUUGGUGGGAGAAAUGGGGAGAAAGAGGUUAAUGACAACAGUGUCAACGCCACAGCCAUCUGUUCGAGCCCGGGGUUCAGCCCUACCUCGCAUAAGAAUAGAGGGCUCUACUCCGGGGAACUGAAUUGCCAUCAAAAGGCCAAGAAAGUUUGGAAGAAGCAAGUUUGGGUGAUUCUUUCGCUCGAUUUGAUUGCGUGUGCAAUCUUGUUUGUUGUCUGGUUGUGGGUCUGCAGAGGCUUGAAAUGCAUGGAGAGCUGAAAUAGCUUGGUUUAAUUACAUUUGGCUGAUUGCUUAUACUUCUGCUUCAGCUGGUAAUAUACUAAUAUGUUGGCUGAGUUUCUUUAUUGAAAUGAAAAUCAUCCAAAGAUGCUAGAUAUGCGCUAUCUGGUUUCCCUUGUAUAUUUGUGUGCUUCAAACUCUUGUGUAUACAAACUCGUCGUUUAUAGGAUUCCCUGUGUAGCAGCCUGUGUUAUGGAGCUAAUUUUCAAUGUAGUGGAUCAAACGCGUGAUUAGUUGCUGAGCUCUAUUGCUUUGUGAGUGGUGGUGUGCUUGCUUGAAUCUUGGCCUCGUGUUUGAUCAAUUGCGUUGCUUGGACAAAAUCAACAUGAACUUGAAUCUGUGUUGUUUUGCUCGGGUUGGUUGUGAGUCUUGUGACUGGGAUGAAACACCAACUGAGUUGCAGGAUCUGAGAUUGUAUUUGUGCUAUUCGAGUCUUGUAUAAAUUGAGUUUUUCUGUUUGUUGGUUCAUGGCGUGAGAUGUUUUUGGAUUGCGACUAACUGUUUCUGACUCGUCUUGAUCUUGUAUCUGUAUCGCGCCACAACUUUAAAGUAUAAAUGUGAGACUGGUAAUUUCCAUUGCUUUAUCA